UCUUCUUUAAGUAAAAAAAAUUGAAAAUGAAAAAAGUCCCUAAAUACAUUUUUAAAUAAAUAUAUAUUAUUUUCAGCUAAAAGUAUAUAGAAUAAAGAUAGAAAAAGUUUAUAAUGUUGGAGAAAAGCAAUGAAAUGAAGAAAAGAACAAUUAAUGAUAUUUUAUGGGAAACAUUCUUGUUAAUUAAAUUUUGUGGCCUAUGGCAACCAUUUAAUCUAAAUUAUCCCAUUUUAAAAAUAAUUUAUAUUUUUUAUUCAAUUUUUACGAUAUCUACUAUGAUUUCAGUUGGAUUGUCACUUAUUUGUUUUAUAUUUAUUUCAUCCGAAAGGAUCAAAGAUGCGAUUAUUGAAAAUUCAUUUUUACUAUUUACAUUACUUAACGGUUGGGUGAAAGCAUUUAUAUUUUUAUCCAGACAUAGAGGUAUUAAAUCUUUAUUGAAAACAUUGCUGGAGGAUCACUGCCAACCUCAGGACAUCACUGAGCUUGAAAUGCAAAAGAAAUUUGAUGAAGAAGCCAAAAAAGUAACAUUCAUUUAUAUAACCAUAGUUAUAGUGGGUGUAAUUUCCUACUAUUUUUCAAUAUUGAUAAGUGAUGAAAGAGUACAAGCUCUUAAUACUUGGCGACCUUAUGAUAUUAAUUUAAAACUACACUUUUGGAUAACAUGGAUUCAUGAAUUAAUAGGUCACAUUGUAACAUCAAGUGUUCAUGUGGCUGUAGAUUCAUUGGUACCUGGAUUUAUUAUUCAAACUUGCUGUCAAUUACAUUUUUUGCAACAUCGAUUAAAUAGAUUUCCUUUAAAAGUGGAAAAUAUCCAAAUGACUUCUAAUUCUAUUAAAUUUAAACAAAAAUUUGAGUCAACCUUUAUUUCAAAAUCUGUUAUACAUCAUAAUACAAUAUUUCGGUUUGCGGAGAACAUUAAAAAUUUAUUUGUAGAAAUACUUUUGGCACAAUUUGUUUCAAGUUUAAUUGCCAUUUGUGUAACUAUGUAUAAAAUUUCAAAAGAACCAUUGAAUUUUGGAAAUAUGAUUGCAUUUUUUACGUUUUUGAUUUGUAUGUUGACGCAACUUUUCUUUCAUUGUUUUUAUGGAAAUGAACUAAUGUUUAGUAGUAGUGAUUUACCGGAAGCAAUUUUUGAAACAAAUUGGCUUCUUCUUGGAAGAGAAACGAGAAAAAGUCUGCUAAUAAUGAUGAUUCGUUGCAAAAAGCCCAUUUUAAUUUCUAUUGGUUCCAUUGUAUUUGUCAAUUUAAAUUCUUUUGCAUCGAUUCUGAAGGCUUCAUAUUCGGCUUUUAAUGUCUUACAACAUUCUAUAUAACUGUAAUUAUGGACAAUAGAUGUUAUAAAAUCUCAUUUUUUUUCUUAAAUGUUUAUAUUAGGGAUUUUAAACUAACAA